AUGGAGGAGUUCAAUGGGGAAUUGCACGCCAAGAACGAGAGGGCGGUGGUACUGGUGCACAACCCGACGCACACACUCACCGGGUGUGUGAAAGAAACCAGCACGGUGGAGGGGUUUGUCGUGGAGGAGCUUACACGCGUGAAGGUUGUGCAGACAUUUGGCGUGGUGCCGGCGGUUGCGUUCUCGGCCAUAAAUGGUGUAGUGGACUCGUUGAAGGCAGUGUUCCGGACGUGGUUCAUGCGGUCAGCCAUGACGAGCACGGAGUGGACACGUGAUGGCGUGUUCCCUAGGCCGCCGCUGCAUGAUGUCCUGUACAAGCUGUUCAUGGCGGGCAAGUUGACGAUGCCCGGGACAAUCCAGAGGAGCUGGUGGCGGGCUGGCACCGUGCCGAAGGGUUGGCUGUCGCGGAUGGACCGCCUGAAGGGGAAAGCUGCGGCCGGCAUGUUUGACAUGAUGGUGGUGGACUUGACGUGCCUGCAGCUGGUGAUCGAGGAGUUCAAAAGCAAGUGCAGCAGCGGGUCGUUUAUGACGGCGUGGGACUUUGUGGGGUGCGACGAAUUUCUCCUUGCGAAGUGGGCGCCUGAGGGGGCCGAGGAGGAAGGCUCAGAGGAUGAGAUUCCAGCCUUUUUUUGCAUCCCGGAGGGCCCGCUCAUGCGCGACAGCCGCAGCUGUCGCCGGGUGGGCCGCAUGGUUCACGGUGGUUUCGUGAAGCGUGCGGAGGCCUUGGGUAUUCAGCCGAAGGACGUGCCAGAGGAGGCCGGCGUGGUGAAUGAGGAGGUUGCGAGCCGCCUUCGACGCACACCUACUAAGCGCAUCCGGGUGUGCAGCUCCAGUGAUGAGGGGCUCACGUCUUCUGCGUCGGAUGAGGGAGGCCACAUCCCGAAGGCGGGUGUGUUGUUCCCAUUGGAGGAUGACAGGGAGAGCGUCGUACGCAUGGUGUAA